AGGGCUGCUGUGGCUGCGGACCUCCACCUCCGCCUCCGCCCCUCUGGGUCUGGGCCUUCUCCCCACCCCAAGAGCACCGCUGCCCCUAGCCUGAGGCGGGGAACUGCGGUAGCUGAGGAAGACAGGGCCUCGGAGGAGGAGCGGGCGCGGGAUUAGCCGCGGCUCAGUCCCGGCUCCCUAGAUUCGUUCAGGGCCUGGAGGCAGGAUCCGCCAUAUUGGAGCCGGUGUCGGCGGUGUCUCGGGCCUGCGGCGGGAGGCCGGAGGAGGCGGAGGCCGCGGACGCAGCCUCAGCCCGAAGAGUUUGACUUUUCAGGGGCCCCCGAACCCACCGCCGUGAAUGAGCUACUGACGCGUUGUCUCUUCCCGCCCCACUCCCUCCACUUUCCGCUGCCGGGACAGGGCGGGAUGUUCUCCAAGAAGCCGCACGGGGACGUCAGGAAGUCCACUCAGAAGGUGCUGGACACCAAGAAGGACGCACUGACCCGGCUAAAGCACCUGCGCAUCGUGAUAGAGAAUGCUGAAUCUGUUGAUCUUAAACAAUUUUUUGACCAACAUUUUUCACAUGUAUAUUAUGUGUUCUUUGAAAAUUUUGUGACCAUUGAAGUUAGCCUUAAACAGAAAGGUCACAAGUCUCAAAGGGAAGAAUUAGAUGGUAUACUUUUUAUUUUUGAAAAAAUUUUACAACUUCUUCCAGAAAGGAUUCAUCAGCGAUGGCAGUUUCACAGUAUUGGAUUGAUUUUAAAGAAACUCCUUCACACAGGAAACUCCUUAAAGAUCAGGCGUGAAGGUGUCCGUCUCUUCUUGCUAUGGUUACAAGCUCUUCAGAAUAACUGUAGUAAAGAACAGCUCUGGAUAUUUUCUUGCUUAGUUCCUGGAUUUGCCUCACCACUGUCUGAAUAUGGACCUCGGACUUUAGAUAAUCUCAUUAAUCCCCCACUUAACCUUCAAGAAACCCAAGUGACUAUAGAAGAAAUCACUCCUCUUGUCCCUCCACAAUCAGGAGAUAAAGGACAAGAAGACCUCACAAGCUAUUUUCUAGAAGCACUUUUGAAAUAUAUGGUUAUUCAGGUAAAGAGUUUGGAAUGGAAGAACAAAGAAAAUCAGGAGAAGGGAUUUUCAUUCUUGUUUUCACACUUUAAAAAAUACUACUUGCCUUAUAUUUUCCCAAACAUCUGCAAGGAGAACACCUUAUAUCACCCUGCACUUGAUAUCCCACAGAUGAGACCAAAGCCGCAUUAUAUAAUGAUAAAGAAGGAUGUUGAAACCAAUGAAACAAUCUAUUGCACAAAGGAGUCUUUCCUCAAGGCUCGUGUUAUUGUCAUUCGUUGGCUGGUUUCUUUCUGGCUUGAGCCAAAACCUCAUACAGUACCUCAUAUUCCUGGAAUAGAAGGUGAAAUCUUGCCAAAGAAUAUUCAGAGGGCAGCUGCUGGUUUGGCUUCUAGAGAAGAAAACAAAAAUGACAGUUCUGAUAGAGCAGAAAGAACUACAGAGCCAGAACAGUCCCAUUCUAAUACAAGUACCCUUACAGAGAGAGAACCAAGUUCAUCUAGUCUCUGUAGUAUUGAUGAAGAGCAUCUCACAGACAUUGAAAUAGUACGAAAAGUCUUUUCUUCUAAAAGAAGCCAUGUUAAUUUUGUCACAGAGAUCUUUCGACAGGCAUUUUUAUUACCAAUUUGUGAAGCAGCUGCUAUGAGGAAAGUGGUGAAAGUGUAUCAGGAAUGGAUUCAGCAGGAGGAGAAACCUUUGUUCAUGAAAGAGCCUGAAGAAAUUGAGAUUACUUCUAUAAAUUUACCUUGCAUUGAGAGUGAUGUAGAAGCUGACGUUUUAUCAGAAGAAGGAAAAGAAAAAGAGGAGGAAAAAGUGACCAAAUCAUCUAGUCAUGUCCGAAAUUCCAAUUGGACAAAAAAUGGCUCCUAUCAAGAUGCUCUCCAUAAAGGUUCUGACAUGGAGGAUGCAGACCAAAAUAUACGAGCUGGUGCCCAGUUAGUAUUUCAGGUUUUUAUAGUCAACUCAUCAAAUAUAUUUCUUCUUGAACCUGCAAAUGAAAUUAAAAGUCUUUUGGAUGAGCACACAGAUAUGUGUAAACGUAUUCUUAAUAUUUAUCGAUUCAUGGUUGUGCAAAUAUCAAUGGAUAAGAAGACUUGGGAACAGAUGCUGCUUGUAUUGCUCAGAGUCACAGAAUCUGUUCUGAAGAUGCCAUCACAAAUUUUUCUGCAAUACCAAGGAAGAAAAAAUAUGACCCUAGCGGGUCGACUUGCAGGACCUCUUUUUCAGACUCUUAUAGUAGCCUGGAUCAAAGCAAAUCUAAAUGUGUAUAUCUCCCGGGAGCUUUGGGAUGACUUGCUCUCUGUGCUGUCAUCACUCACAUAUUGGGAAGAGUUGGCUACCGAGUGGUCAUUGACUAUGGAGACACUAACUAAAGUCUUAGCUAGAAAUUUAUAUACCUUGGACCUAAAUGAUUUACCACUGGAUAAGCUAAGUGAACAGAAACAGAAAAAGCACAAAGGCAAAGGAGUUGGGCAUGAGUUCCAGAAGGCAUCUGUUGACAAGUCCUUUUCCAAAGGAUGGAGCCGUGAUCAACCUGGACAAGCCCCAAUGAGACAGCGAAGUGCAACCACUACUGGAUCUCCAGGCACUGAAAAGGCAAGAAGUAUAGUUCGACAGAAAACAGUUGCCAUGAGAAGCCGAUCCAUUGGUGAAUGUGCUCUGCCAUCGGCCUAUAUACGCAGUGCUAAAAGUGCUCCUGUUCUGAUCCAUACUUCCAAACCCUUCUUGCCUGAUAUUGUUCUCACUCCCCUUUCUGAUGAGCUUUCAGACAUUGAUGAUGCCCAGAUACUUCCCCGAACAACUAGAGUCAGACAUUUUUCACAAAGUGAGGACACUGGAAAUGAAGUUUUUGGUCCUUUGAAUGAGGAACAACCAUUGCCACGAAGUAGCAGCACCUCUGACAUCUUGGAGCCAUUCACUGUUGAACGAGCCAAAGGUGCAGUUCCUGUCAUUGACAGUUCAUCCCGUCAUGUGCCAAGCUUGCAGAGUUCCACAGAGACCUCUUCAGUAUCUAGAUCCACUGAAAGCUGCAUCAUUGAUUCUAAUAGUAAAGAGUCUUCUCUGGAAGUUGGUGAUAGCAUUUAUGACCAUCUUUGUCAUUUAAUAGGUCCAGUAGAACUUGUAGAUACAGCUUUUGAACAGAUCAAAUAUAGUGACCUUGAAGGAGAUGAUGAUCUUCUUUCUUCUCUGAAAGAAUAUCUUAAGGAAAAACAAGAAAAUCAUAGUAAUUAUAAUAUAGGUAGACUUGCAACUUCUCAGGAAGUUAUUGCAUCAUUAAGUAGGGAUGAGAGAUUAUUGACUAGAUUAGAUUGUGUAGAUCAGACAAUUAAACCAGAAGAUAACACCCCUGUUCUAGAAAUGGCGGAGAACGUAGAGUUUCAACUAGAACAAAAUCCAGGUGAUUUCAUAAGUAACAUUACAUGCAAUCAAUCAUACAAUUUCACAAGAUCUCAGGCUUUUGUUAAGUCCAAGGACGUAUACACUGAACCUGAAUCAAGUUGUCCAUAUGAUAAAGAAAGAAAAAGGUAUCUUCACAGACAAACAGCUACUGAAGCAGAUAUAGAUACGGACGUAACAUUAGCUGAAAAGCUUAAAGGUAUCCACAUUAAUGAAAAAAUUACUGUUCCAUUUGUUAUGGAUGUCAAGAAAGUUCCACUAAAAUCUCCGGUUAAUUAUGAAAUACCUCAUAUUAUGGAUGCCUGCAAACUUUCUCCAACCAAAAGGAGCCUUUCUGAAACAGUGAGUUAUAGGGCCAAAAUCAUGAAAAAUACCACUAAGAAAAGAAAUAGUGUCCAUGUUACCUUUAGGCCAUCUACUGAAUCAGUUCAGUUUUACAAUCCUCUAGAAAACAAAGAGGCUCCGUGGAAGGCAAGACUACGCAAGUUCAGUGGCUUCAGUAGUAGCAGCAGUACCAGUAGCAGUGGCACCAAUACUAACAUUAGCUCAAAUACUGCCACAGAACUAGUCAAGCCUGGUGUAUAUAGACCUUUGGAUGUAAUGAGUACAGCAUCAAUAAAUAGUAAACCAGUUAAGGAUUCUACAGAGAUACAUGCAACCAUGUUACAGAAAGAAGGUUUUACAGUUAAUCAUUCAAGUAGUCGUUGUGCUCUUAGGUCUUCAAGUCAUGAGUUAGGACUACAACAGGGAUCCCUGGGUGGCGUUUAUAAAACUGUUGUACAUGCUCUUUCGAAGCCGAAGGCAAAUGUUUCCCCACAGAGGCAGAACAGAGUGCCACCAGAGGCUCCACUGAGGGAUCUGUACAGUCAUGUUAUGGGCUAUUUUGGAAGGAAAGCUGCAGCCAGUAAAGAGGACAUGAGUCAAAAGCUGCACCUUCUUAACAGUGACAUUGGCAGCAGCAGUGCUAACAUUCCUGACCUGAUGGAUGAAUUUAUAGCUGAAAGACUCCGAAGUGGUAAUACAUUGAAUAUAACAAGAAGAGGGAGCAGUCCAGGCAGCCUUGAAGUCCCAAAGGACCUCCCUGAUAUACUGAACAAGCAGAAUCAGAUGCGUCCUAUAGAUGAUCCAGGUGUGCCCUCAGAAUGGACCUCUCCUGCCAGUGCAGGCAGCAGUGACCUUAUCAGCUCAGAUAGCCAUUCAGAUUCUUUCAGCGCUUUCCAGUAUGAUGGCCGGAAAUUUGACAAUUUUGGCUUUGGAGUUGAUGUUGGGACACUAUCUUCUACUGAAGUUGAUGCAGGUUUAGGACAUCAACAAAGUACUGAAGAACUGGAUGUGGCAAGUUUGACUACAUUGCACAUAGAUUCUGAAACAAGCAGUCUUAACCAACAGCCAUUUUCUGCUGAAGUUGCAACUAUUACUGGUUCAAAAAGUGUUUCCCCAGUCCAUUCUGUUCUGGGAUCCAGAUCACAGACACCAUCUCCUGCUAAUCUGAGUGCGGAUCACAUUGAACAGAAAGACCUGCAAUUGGAUGAGAAGCUCCAGCACUCUGUUUUGCAAACCCCAGAUGAUCUAGAAACAAGUGAGUUCCCGUCUGAAUGUUGCAGUGUGAUGGCAGGAGGUACUCUAACAGGAUGGCAUGCAGAUGUUGCUACUGUGAUGUGGAGAAGAAUGCUAGGCAUUUUGGGAGAUGUUAACACUAUUAUGGAUCCUGAAAUACAUGCUCAAGUGUUUGAUUACUUGUGUGAGCUUUGGCAGAAUUUGGCCAAGAUUAGAGAUAAUCUUGGCAUUUCGUCUGAUAAUAUGACCUCACCCCCUCCACCAGUUUUAAUACCUCCUCUGAGAAUCCUUACUCCUUGGCUUUUCAAGGCAACUAUGUUGACUGAUAAAUAUAAGCAAGGCAAAUUACAUGCCUAUAAACUUAUUUGCAACACAAUGAAAAGAAGACAAGAUGUAUCGCCAAAUAGAGACUUUUUAACACACUUCUAUAAUAUAAUGCAUUGUGGACUACUUCAUGUUGAUCAGGAUAUUGUUAAUACAAUCAUCAAGCACUGCUCCCCUCAGUUUUUUUCACUUGGUUUGCCUGGUGCCACAAUGCUUAUUAUGGAUUUUAUUGUAGCAGCUGGUAGAGUAGCUUCUUCAUCAUUUCUUAAUGCACCAAGAGUAGAAGCACAAGUUCUGCUGGGGUCCCUUGUCUGCUUUCCCAAUUUGUAUUGUGUGCUACCAGCUCUUCAUCCAAACAUGCCUGAUAUUGCUGUGUCUCAGUUCACAGAUGUUAAGGAAGUCAUAAUCAAAACUGUGUUAAGUUCAGCGAGAGAUGAACCCUCUGGUCCUGCAAGGUGUGUUGCCCUCUGUAGUUUAGGAAUUUGGAUCUGUGAAGAAUUAGUUCAUGAAUCUCAUCAUCCUCAAAUUAAGGAAGCUCUGAAUGUAAUUUGUGUUUCCUUAAAGUUUCCUAAUAAAACUGUAGCCCAUGUGGCUUGCAACAUGCUUCAUAUGCUGAUUCAAUAUGUACAUAGGCUUCAGAUUUAUCAGCCUGAUUCCCCCUUGAAAAUUAUUCAAAUACUGAUAGCCACUGUUACUCAUCUUUUACCCAGUACAGAAGCCUCAUCUUAUGAAAUUGACAAAAGGUUGGUGGUAUCAUUACUUUUGUGUUUAUUGGACUGGAUCAUGGCUUUGCCUUUAAAGACCCUACUCCAGCCAGUUCAUACAACAGGAGCUGAAAAUGAUAAAACAGAAAAGUCUGUCCUCAGUUGUAUUUAUAAGGUUCUUCAUGGGUGUGUUUAUGGGGCUCAAUGUUUCAGCAAUCCUAAGUACUUUCCCCUAAGCCUCUCUGAUUUGGCUUCAAUUGAUUAUGAUCCUUUCAUGCAUUUGGAAAGUCUGAAAGAGCCUGAACCUCUUCAUUCCCCUGAUUCAGAACGAUCUUCAAAACUCCAGCCAGUCACAGAAGUAAAAACUCAGAUUCAACAAGGAUUAAUCUCAGUUGCAGCUCGUACUGUUAUAACGCACCUGGUAAACCACUUAGGUCACUAUCCAAUGAAUGGUGGUCCUGCUAUGCUAACAAGUCAGGUUUGUGAAAAUCAUGACAAUCAUUACAGUGAAAGUUCCGAACUUUCUCCUGAACUUUUUGAGAGUCCAAAUCUCCAGUUUUUUGUAUUGAACAACACGACAUUGGUAUCCUGUAUCCAGAUAAGAUCAGAAGAGAAUAUGCCUGGAGGAGGAUUAUGUGCGGGGCUGACUUCAGCUAAUUCAAAUGUCAGAAUUAUAGUUCGUGAUUUGUCAGGUAAAUAUUCAUGGGACUCUGCCAUCCUUUAUGGACCACCUUCUGUAAGAUAUCUCUCAGAACCAGUUUCAUUCAUGCUUUCAUUGUCUCACCAAGAGAAGCCAGAAGACACUACAACUUCUAGUGACUAUCCAGAGGAUGUAACUGUUAGAGAUGGACCUGAGCUCCAGAUUAAGAGGAGAUUCAGAGAAACAGUGCCAACGUGGGAUACAAUAAGAGAUGAAGAGGAUGUUCUUGAUGAGCUCCUCCAAUAUUUAGGUGUUACUAGUCCUGAAUGCUUACAAAGGACUGGUGUCUCACUCAACAUUCCUGCUCCACAACCCGCGUGCAUCUCUGAAAAACAAGAAAAUGAUGUUAUCAAUGCCAUCCUUAAGCAGUACACGGAGGAGAGGGAAUUUGUUGAAAAGUAUUUCAAUGACUUAAAUAUGAAAGCCAUGGAACAAGAUGAACCAACACCUCAGAAGUCUCAGUCAGCAUUUUAUUAUUGCAGAUUGCUCCUCAGUAUAUUGGGAAUGAAUUCCUGGGACAAAAGGAGGAGCUUUCAUCUCCUGAAGAAAAAUGAAAAACUCCUUAGAGAACUUAGAAACUUGGACUCAAGACAGUGCCGAGAGACACACAAGAUUGCUGUAUUUUAUGUGGCCGAGGGACAAGAAGAUAAGCACUCCAUUCUCACUAAUACUGGAGGAAGUCAGGCGUAUGAGGAUUUUGUAGCUGGUCUUGGUUGGGAGGUAAACCUAACAAAUCACUGUGGUUUUAUGGGAGGACUGCAAAAGAACAAAAGCACUGGAUUGACCACUCCAUACUUUGCCACUUCUACAGUAGAAGUAAUGUUUCAUGUCUCAACACGAAUGCCUUCUGAUUCUGAUGACUCUUUAACCAAAAAAUUGCGACACUUAGGAAAUGAUGAAGUGCACAUUGUUUGGUCAGAACAUACUAGAGACUAUAGAAGAGGAAUUAUCCCUACAGAAUUUGGUGAUGUCCUUAUUGUAAUAUAUCCAAUGAAAAACCACAUGUUCAGUAUCCAGAUAAUGAAAAAACCUGAGGUUCCAUUUUUUGGUCCACUUUUUGAUGGUGCUAUUGUAAAUGGAAAAGUCCUUCCCAUUAUGGUUCGAGCUACAGCUAUAAAUGCAAGCCGUGCAUUAAAAUCACUGAUCCCAUUGUACCAAAAUUUCUAUGAAGAGAGAGCACGGUACCUGCAGUCAAUUGUCCAGCACCACCUAGAGCCAACCACAUUUGAGGAUUUUGCUGCACAAGUUUUCUCUCCAGCUCCCUAUCAUCAUUCAACAUCUGAUACAGUUGGCUCCUGCCCGGAGACUCUACCCAGCGAAACUUCAACAGCAUCGCAGAUGGAUGGGACCGACUUAGCUUCUCCAAUGUCUCCACGAACCAGCAAGAGCAGAAUGUCUAUGAAACUUCGCCGCUCCUCUGGCUCUGCCAAUAAAUCCUGAGGAGACAAGCAACUCUGCAGCUUUUUUGAACAACAAACAUUAAUCUUGAGCAGUUGAAUUAGCACUGACAAUAUUUUCCCCCAGAAUUUAGCUAGAUGUAUGUCUACCAUCACACACAUGCUCCUUCCUGUAUACUAACUUUAGAAAACACCAAUAUUUUAUUUGUAAUUCAGUAUUUUAGCUUCGAAAUUGCUGUGGGGUUUUUAGUUACACCCUAAGCUUCCUCUUUUUUGGUGCAGUUUAUAUACUGUAGCCUUUAAUUUUCUUGAUAAUUAUGUCUAAAUUGUCACUUUUAACUCCAUGGUUAACAAUGAACCAAGAUGUAAUUGGAGAAAAUUCUUUAUUGUGCCCCCAUUGUAACUUUCUUAGCAAGCUAAAUAUGUACAAUUUUUUUAAAUGUACAAUUUUAAAUUUAAGCAUUUGUAAAGUCCAAACAAAAGACACAAAUUUGUUCAUGCACAGGGUGUGUAUAGAUUAUUUAUGUUAUGAAAAUAAAGUAAUUACAAUAAAUGGUCUUUUAGUAUUUUAGUUUCCACUUGAAAAUUUUUUUAUUAGGUUUUCUUUCCCAAAACAGUGUCUCAUUUCCUAGCCAUGUGGGUAAUACCAUAACAAGUCAAAAAAUGAGAAAAAUCACUGUGCUGCACUCUGACUUAUGCUUGCCUUCCAAUUAUUUUUUUUAUAACAUUUCCCUUUUAAAAUGGUAUCAUUGUUCAAUGCCAUUCUGUUUUGAAAUUGUGGCCCUGAUAAUCUAGCCACAGGAUCUUGGUGGAUCAAUAAUUUUUUUCUUAUAUAUGGAAAAAGAAGUAUUUUUCCAAUUAACUUCCUUGCUCAAAAUUAUGUGUACUAUUAAAGAAGAUAAGGGAAUAUUAUCCAGGAGUCAUACUUUAAUCUAUUGUUAAUAUUGAGCUUAGAGAUGUGGAUCAGUACACAAUCCGUUCCUCCAGAAGUAUUUUCCUACAACAGAUGAGCUGCUCGUAUUUUGUGUUGAGUAGCAUCUCCUAAGGAAAUGUAGCAUGGCAUUCGUUCUAACUGCAUGUGUAAAUACAUCAUACAGGCAACCACAGAAAUAUAAAUUAUGUAUGGUCAUUCAUGUAGUAUCUACAGAUUUGUAAUUGUUGAAAAGAUGACAUAAUAUUUAAUAAUACAAUAAAAAAUAUUAUUCUUACCAA